UGAAUGCCCAAGCCAGUCUAUAGCUGAAAUAAAAGCGAUUAAGGAUAAAAUUGACGGUGUAUCUGUGAUUGUAAACAAGCUUUGUUAUUCUACAACUAGAUUACUAAAUGAAUUUUCUGCAAUUCUCGCCAGAAAGGAUCUUCUCGAUUCCACUACCCAAACUGAUUUCGAAGUACAUAACAAUGUCGGAUUAAAUAUAGCUGAUGCCACAAACGCGACAGAUAACCAGUGUACAUACACGCUUAGUGGUUUAUCGACCGAAAUUGAAG